AUGUGUAAUGUUAAAUAUAAUUUUCAGGAUCUGUAUAAAGGUGGAGAAGAAUACGAUCCCAGCGUAAAUUUCAGACAGGUCAUAACGGAAUUGGAACAAAAUGAUAAAGUUUGUCAUUUUCUUAACGAAUUUCAACGUUUGAUGGAUUCAUUAAAAGAAUCACACGUAAGAGAAGUAGAAUUGUUUGAUAAAAAUAGACAGAUAAAAGCAAACAUCGACGUAAUUACAAAUAAAUACACUUUAGCCGUUAAAGCGAUAUAUAACAAUCGCGAAACGAUUGAUAAAUUACAAAAGGAAUUAACAUCAACGUGGCGAUUGGUCGAUGCAGCUCACACAAGAGAACAACAAAUGCAAGAUGGCAUAGAUAGUUUAAGAUUACAAAUAUCUAGGCUGACACAAGAAAUAGAAACUUUGAGAAAAAUGGGAUCAGAUCAAGAUCAAGAAACCGGUUCUAUAAAUAAAAACAAAGAAGCUUUGGCCAGAGAAAGAGAUAGAUUAUUAAACGAAAUAAAUUUAGCAAAAGAUAGAUAUGCACAAAGUGUCAGAUACCAAGAAGAUUUGGAAAAAAAAUCCGAAGCAAUGGAAGCAAAAUUAAUGGAAUUAACAGCGGAAUUUGAAGGUCAAAAAACCGAAUUGGCUAAAGAAAAACGUUUCAAGGAAAAAUUAGAAGAAGAAUUGAAAGAUUUAAAAAACGAAUUAUCCCUUAGAGAUCAAGAAUUGAUAAAUCAAACGAGUCAAACGACGCAAUGCACUAGAAAUCAAGUUAAAUUAGAAUCAAUGUUAAGAGAAAAUAAAGUAAUCAUGGACAAGCAAACGAAAGAAUUUGUAGAACUUCAAAAUGCAUUCAAAUUACAAAAAAUGGAAUUUGAUCACAUGGCCGCUCACAAUGACAAAAUACAACAGGAUUUAAAUACGAAAAGUUUAGAAUUAAAGAUGAGAGAUGACGAAAAUAUAAAAUUAAUAUCGGAAAAUAAAAAAUUAACCGGAGCAAAAUCAUCACUCGAAACAAAAGUUGGAAUAUUGAAAAAUGAAAGAGCCACAUUCGAAGUUAAAAAAAAAGAUUUACAAACGAAAUUGAAUAAUCUCGAAAAAGAAUUAACAGAACUUCGUAUUGCAUCACACGUCGAUAAAAAAACCGUUGAAACGAUGAAAAGAGAAAAAGAAUUCAUGGUUAAAUCAAUACAUAAAUCCGCUGUUCACGCUCAAGAACAACAAAAAUUAUUAUCGUUUAAAGAUGUUUCGAUGAAAAAAUUAAAAGAAGUCAUUGAUGAAAAUGACGAAACGAUUUCGAAACAAAGAGGAGAAAUAAAUUCGUUGCAAAAUGAAAAAGAUAGACUCGUGUCGGAAACGGUUAAUUUAAAUACUCAAAUGCAAAAUUACAUGGAAGAAAAAAAAUUAAAAGAAUUGGAAUUGUUCGAUUGUAAAAAAAGAAUAACUAAUUCCGAAGCUAAAAUUAAAUUGCAAAUGACCAUGUACGAUCAGGUGAGAUCGGAAAGGAAUCAAUUAUCAAAAUUUUUAGCAGAAGCAACGGAUGAAGUUAACGAAAUGAAACACAAAUAUAAAAUAAAAGCAUAUCAAGUACAACAAAUGAAAGAAGACAUACAAACGAAAGAAAAUCUCUUGAUGAAAGAUGAAUUUACAAUAAAACGAGUGAUUAAAGAAAAAGAAGAAGUUAAAAGCGAAUUACAAAAAUCAAUUUACGAAUUGAAAAAGAAAAAAGAAGAAGUUACGCUACUGAGUCAAGAAGAAAGCAGACUACAAAAAAUAAUACAAGAUUCGGAUAAAGAAAGGGCUAAAUUAAAAAAAGAAUUAAAACAGGUAUCGAACGAAAGAGACAUAUUAGGUACGCAAUUGGUUCGAUCAAACGACGAACAUUCACUCAUCGACGAAAGGGUUAAAAUAAUGCAAUCGGUAUUGCAAAAAGGCGAAGCUCAAUACGGUCAAAGAGUCGAAGAUAUAAGAUUGUUAAAAUUGGAGGUUAAAAAAUUAAGACAGGAAAAAGCCAUGUUGUCGAGAACGAUAAACAACACGGUGGAUUUAAGACAAGAAUUGUUUCAUUUGGAAAGAGAUUUCACAAAUGAAAAAUUAAAAUGUCGAGCUUUGGAAGAAGAAUUACAAAAUCCGUUAAACGUACACAGGUGGAGAAAAUUGGAAGGUUCGGAUCCGACAACGUUCGAACUCAUACAAAAGAUAAAAAUAUUACAGAAGAGAUUACUGACGGCAAACGAAGAUGCGAUCAAAAAGAAAAAUCUUUUAAGAGAAAAAGAAAUAUUGUUUGAAAAUUUGAAAGCAAUGGUGACACGACAACCAGGUCCGGAAACGUUUGGAAAAUUAACAAAAUGUCAAACGGCAUUAAAAAGGAGAAAUGUUAAAAUGAAAUGUCUCGUUGCCGAAUUGACAAUGUUUGAAAAUCAAAUAUCGAGUUAUAAAUUGGCCAAAACAAAAGCGGAUCAAGAAAUUUACGAUUUGAAAAAAAAAUAUUAUAAACUGAAAGUACGAGAACAAAAAGUCAAAAUGAAAGAAAAAGAUUUGGAAAAGGAAAAAAGUUAUUUACCCGUUUUGGAACCGAUAAUUGGAAAACGUAACAAAACCGGAAGACACGUCGGUGGCGGUUUUAACGUAUUUCAUUCUCAUUUUACACCGAGAAUAGCAAUUAAAGAAUUUUAA